CCACCAUCACCCAGAGCUCCCAGCAGUUCCUGCAUAGGCAAGGGUUACAGGCACAAACAAAAUAGCGUGACUGUCAUCUGUAAACAAUUACACACUUCGCCUGCGCUUGUAACAUUUUCUCAACCGGAAACUUGAGAUAAUGGCAUAAGAGGGACAUGGCUCUUGUGGGUGUACCUGCUCUCCUAAAGUUGGCAGCUUUUUCCCUGCUGCUAAUCUUGCCCUCAUGCCUAUGUGCAUGUCCGAGGUCCUGCAGUUGCCCCAACCCAAAGGAGGUCCACUGUACCUUCCGUCACCUCCCCUCUGCCCCACGCAACAUACCUAAAGAUACAGAAAGGCUCAACCUAGGCUAUAACAGCAUUGGAAAUAUUCGGUCUUCAGAUUUUGCAAAUCUGCACCAACUGGAAAUGCUUAUGCUUCAUGGAAAUGACAUUGCCUCUGUGUCUUCAGGAUCCUUUUACCAUCUCCGUUCCCUUCAGAUACUUAAGUUAAGCUACAACAAACUGAAAAGAGUUGACCCAAGCUUGUUUGAGGGCCUGACUAGUCUCGUACGACUGCACUUAGACCACAACCUCAUUGACUUUAUUGAGCCAUUUUCCUUUAAUGGACUCACCUCAUUAAAGCUACUGCAACUAGAGGCGAACCGAUUACGAGACCUCCACCCACACACAUUUAUUACAGUGUCAGUUCUGGGCACAUUUUGGACCUCAGGUCUCCGGCACCUGCAUCUGGCAGACAACCAACUGGAAUGCCUGCUGCCUGGUACUCUGCAACACUUCAGCAAGCUGGAGGUUCUUUCCCUACACGGAAAUCCAUGGACCUGUGACUGCCACUUACAGGGGCUUUUGGAGUGGGACAAAAACCACGAAGGAGUUAUCAAGUGUAAAAAGGACAGUGAAUCUGCAGAUAGUGGCAGCUGUGCUGUAUGUGCCUCACCACAGUCCCUGAACAAUAGUCAGAUCUUCCAGCUUUCGACCAACCAGCUCACCUGUGACCGACCCUCCCUCCAGUCUCCACUGAAAAUAGGGGAAAGCAGCGUCUGGGAAGACCCGGAGCCAGAUGCCCCGUACAUUAAGGACCUAGAACGUCCUCUAGGCCACCUGACCUUCAUUCUCUCUGACAGCCAUGGAAAUCAGGCCCAUGUGGCUUGUGAUGUAACACGUCCAGUUGAAGGGACCACUAUGAUGUGGGAGCCAGUCAAAGGAACAGAUGAGAUUGUUGUCAAUGUGACACUGCUGACCCUCCUGGAGUGUGAGAUUGACCGGGAUGCUUUACAGAACCUGUGGAGGUUGGUUGCCUACUACUACGAGAGCCCUGCUAUUUUGGAGCGAGGAACCAGACUUGGGAAUUCUUCAAAGGUUACUUUUCAGUACUCUCAAGCUAUAAAUGAGGACUCACCAUAUUUUACAGAGCUCAAAGGACACUUAAUGGCUGAACCUGUUUGGCUUUUACAACCAAGGGUCACCCUUCAGCUUAACAGGCGCAAAACCACAACCAAAAAACUGGUGAUGAACUUUUCCACAUUUGUAUCCAAGCACAGUAUUGGAAGAGGGGAUGAGGAAGAUAAGACUUCCCCCUGGGCUAUCAUACAAAGAGGAGCCCCAGGGAGAAUUCAAACAGUACUAGAGCAUUCCGAGGUCAGUCUGGACUGUAGCGUGCUCAGCUCAGGGCAUCAACCUGCGGAGUGGAUGCUUCCAGACUUAACGACUUUGGAUCAAACAGACUCCCAUAAAGCAACAAUGGAAAAUAAUAGAUUGGUUAUAAAAAACGCCAGCAUAGCAGACUCAGGGCUUUAUCAUUGCUUUGUGAGAACAGAAAAUAAUGUGGACAUUGUGUCUUAUAGACUCACAGUCAGGAUGGGCCUUCUGAGUCCUAGUGAUUUUAAUGGAAAGAAGAUGUCAAUAGAAAAUGGGGACAUUCUUUAUCUUCCUUGUUUAGUAACUUCUACGGAGCCAGUAGAGACUAGAUGGUACUUGCCAAACCAUCAGGUUCUCAAAGCAUCGGGCAUGAAUGGAAGGGUUUAUGUAUCACAAAACAACACAUUAAUAAUCCAAAAAGUGACUUAUGAGGAUGCCGGAGAGUACAGUUGUUUGGCAGCCAACCUUUAUGGUGCAGACAUGCUGUCUCAUCUAGUUGUUGUAACCAGUGAAAAGGAAGUGCAAAGAAGUAUUACAAUGUCUGACCGUGAAUUACCACUCUUUGGCAUUGAGGACAACGAAGGGUCGGGAUUUGAAGAAAUCAAACGACCAUCUCCUAAAUUUACACCUCAAAGGGUGGACGGAAAACUCAGAAGUGAUGUUUUCCGACAAAAUGCAAAAGAGAAGAAAAUCAAAGAAAGUGUGAGGAAACCUAACAACUCUGUCAAAGAGGUUGACCCAAGUCGCUUGGAACAGAUUCUUGCUAAAAGUAAUAGAGUCUCAAUCAUGCCACCAACACCAGGUACAACACAUUCAGAAAUGAUAAGCACAUUAAAAAUAGUGACAGACACAACAAUGAUUAUAGGCGCCACUACUUUGUUAGAGGAUGUAAAUGAAGAAACUAAAACAGAUGUUGAAGUUAGCGGUGCCAGCACAAGUUCAAGUGUGCAAAAUUUAAAUGUGACACAGCUGGAACUGCCGCCACUCAGUGAGCAUAUAAAACAGAAUACACAGGAAUCAAAACAAAAGUCAAGUGAUUCUAACAUUUCAGAUUUUACCUUAGAACACAUAGCCUCAACAACGGUACCUGAACAUGAAACCAAGUUGGGAAAACACACAAUAGAGGAUAAAAUAAGGGGUAACAAUAAUUCUAGGCGGAGAUUCCCAUAUAGACAUCGUAGGCCUCCAUUACGUAGGUUACGUCCUAAAAGACCAAAUUUCACCCCAGUUCCCACUUCUGUAGUCCCAUUGACUCUAUUCUCAAAGAAAAGUCCGGUGAUGAGCACUGACUCUUAUUCUUUAAAUUCUUUAACCCAAAACAAAGAAACCACAGCUUUAAUGACUUUAGUAGUUUCUGUUCCACAUGAGCAACUUACUGCAAGCUUGGCUUUGCCAGUCACAGAAUAUCCUCUAAAAGUAGCCAAAACAACAUUGAGAAAAGAGGACAGAAUAAAUAGAUUUGAUGGCAAGACGAAACACCGCAUAUCAGGUCAACACAUAAUCACGACAGCUCUGGAUGAAACUGAAGAAGUUUCCAAUACACUUGCCCCACUACCAAAAAUAAGGAAUGAAAUUGACAACCGAGAAAUCAUUUUAAAAAGUAAGAGCAAGACACUUGAAGAUAAGACAAAGCAGAUAACAGCAACCACAAUUCCUAAAGUUCUAAGCAGCAACAUCAAUCCUCCACCAACAACACAAAGAGCCCAUGUGACUGAGAAACCAACCUUAACUAAAAUAGAAAGACAGAGAGUUUAUAGCUGGGGAAUACAACCUGAGAGGCAAGAUGUGCCUAUCCACCCCUGGCUUAUACCAAAGAAUACACCAAAAAACAUCUCAGUCACUCAGUGGCCUCAAUUCUUGGCCAACAACCAUGGCAUUCCAGUCUGGCCCACAGUUCCUACAUCAAGACACCUUCCUUCCCAAAACAAAGCUUGGUAUUUUCAACAUACAGGGGACAGGGGUAGAGGGGUCACUAAUCAACCUCAAAUCACUGCUCAGACCGUAAUACCCACAACUUUGGGGGUAAAGACAGCUUCCUUUGCAAGGACCAUAGCUCCACAUGUCAGCUCCCUGUCUCGUGUACGAGACCACUCACUCUUCAACAGGCUCAGAAACAGAUACAGACAAUCACAACUUAAUGCAUAUAGACUGGCCCAGCUGGGAAAGUUUGUUACCUCUAAACCAAAGACAUAUCACUCCACCCCUCAGCCUUACCAAGCACAAAAUUUCCCAAGUAUCUACAAGCCUGUGACUCCGGAACCUGUCUUGGAAUAUACAAACAAACCCCCCACCACAGCUAAUGUGCCAUUUGGAGGCCGAUGGCACUACAGUCAUUUUGGAGCAAAGAAACUGAGCACUGCUAUUCCUUUUCCAAACUUGAUGGAAAAGGGCAUCAAACCCAGUAUCACAACUGAAUCUGUCACUGUAUCUGCUCUAGCAGAAGCAGAUGUGCACCUGUCCUGUAAAUCAUCUGGGGACCCAAAACCUGUUGUAUCAUGGACCAAAGUUUCUACAGGUGCAACCAUUCAGGCCAAUACAAAACAUGGACAAAGAUUUGAAGUCCUUCCAGAUGGAACUUUUAGGAUAAAGAAUGUCCAGUUGCAAGACAGAGGCCAAUACCUCUGCACAGCACAAAACAAAUUUGGUUCUGACCGUAUGGUAGUUACACUUGUUGUGCAAACUCAACCUCCAAAAAUCAUGAGUUUAAAGCCCAGAGAUGUGUCUGUUUAUUUGGGAAAAACAGUCAGCUUGGACUGUUUUGCUGUUGGUAAACCUGAAGCUCAGAUCUCAUGGAUACUUCCAGAUAAGACAUUUGUGCGAGAUGUUGGUACCCAUGACCAAAGAGUAUACCUUUUCCCAAAUGGAACGUUGAGUGUUUACUCAGCAAAUUUUUCCAGUAACGGUGAUUAUAAGUGUAUUGCCAGCAAUGCAGCAGGGGCUGAUACACUAACAUACCACAUUCAUGUCACAGUUCUACCACCGACAAUUGCAGAGAUUGCAUCUGAGAGUAUAUCUAUGAAUGUUGGCAGAAGCAUAUAUACACAUUGCACUGCUAAAGGAGAGCCAUCCCCUCUCAUUAAGUGGAUUCUCCCUGAUGGAUCACAAUUGAAGGGCACACAGUUCAUUGGAAGGCGGUUAUUUAUUUUCCCAAAUGGAACACUUUUUAUAAAGAAUGCCAGUCCCGUUGAUUCAGGGAGGUAUGAGUGUGUAGCUACCAACCCAGUGGGCUUUGCUAAAAGAAUGGUGAAGAUGGACAUAAGGCAAGAGGAUCCAGAUCCUUUGAAAGGCUUUUUUCAGCAACACAGUGUUACAGCAACCUAUGGAUCAAUAGUUUAUUUGCACUGUCCGGUGUCCACAGGCUCCUACAGAGGCACAGUAUGGAGACUGCCGUCUAAAAUCUUGCUGGAACAUCACUACAGUCCACAAAGACACAUCACUGCUUUCCCCAAUGGCACUUUGAGAAUUCUGAGACUGACUGAGAAAGAUGGCGGCAAUUAUCUGUGCAUGAAUCAAAGACCAAAUGGUGAGGAAAUGGAGCUAUUCCAAGUAGAAGUUCUCAUGAGUCCACCAAAGAUAAAGAACACUGGGGCGCAACAUAAGAGAGUUGCUAAUGGAGACAACUUCCUGGUGGACUGUGUAGCUUCUGGCCUUCCAGACCCUGAGGUAUCAUGGAGCCUCCCAGAUGGCACCAUGAUCAACAAUGCUCUCCAGUCGGAUGACAGUGGAAUCCGUAAUCGGCGCUAUAUCAUCUUUGGCAACGGUACACUUUUGUUGCACCAAAUAGGAAAGAAUGAUGAGGGCAAUUAUACAUGUUAUGCCAAGAACAACCUGGGAGAAGAUGCGAUGAAAGUAAGUGUACAAGUGGUGUCAAACUUACCACAAAUAUCUCCUUAUGAUCAGAUAUCCAUUUUGGGUUCUUUUGGUAAAUCAGUUGAAAUAAAGUGUGAAGCUACAGGUGUGCCACAACCUACAGUCAUCUGGAUCUCACCAAGAAAUGAGAUAAUAACCUCAUCUUUGGUCAAAUAUCAAAUCCUUAAUGAUGGAACUCUAAUAAUAAAAAAACUGACUUUGGCUGACCAGGGAAAGUAUGCCUGUGUGGCACGGAACCCAGCAGGAGAUCACAUAAAGAAUGUGAAGCUUCUUGUUGAGGUUAUAGAGCCGAAAAUCGAUGGACAAAGUGGACGUACAGAGAAGAAAGUUUUAGCUGUGUAUUACCAAACAAUAAUGCUGGACUGUAAAGCUGAGGGUAUGCCUGAGCCAGAAAUUACCUGGAACACACCCUACAGUAUGUCACUGCCCACACCAUAUUUGGGAGGUAGAUUUCAAGUCCACAGAAAUGGCAGUCUUGAGCUGAGGGGCAUUCGAAAAACUGAUGAAGGUCGGUUUUUGUGCAGAGCCAAAAAUAACUUAGGGGAAGCAAGUCUAGCAAUUGACCUGGAACUUGCAUCACUUGCUGAAAAGCCAAGCUUUCUGGUGCCAAACAUUGAGGUUCUUCCUCUCAAACCAAAUGGUGAUGACAUCGUUUUCGAGUGCCGAGCAGCUGGGAAACCAAAGCCAGAGUUUGUUUGGAUUCUACCCAAUGGGACAGCGCUAAACCCAGGCAUGAAACUUCAAAGGUUUACACACUACUUGGGAAAUGGAACUUUACACAUCAUGCGGCCAGUUGUCACCGACAAGGGCGUGUAUCGUUGCCUGGCCAAAAAUAUAGCUGGACAAGCAGAGAAGCGUUAUGCUUUAGAACUUGGACAAAAGCCUCAAAUUAGAAGUGCAGCUACUACUAUGAAGAUUUCAUUUGGACAGACAUUUAACAUGCCAUGCACAGUAGAUGGGUGGCCUCAGGCAGCAAUUACAUGGACUCUUCCAAAUGGCCUGGUCUUGGACAAGCCUCAGGUUUUUGGAAGAGUGACAUAUUUAUCUAAUGGAACACUUCAGGUUAAAGACACUUCGAAAUCUGAUAGAGGAACUUUUACCUGCAAAGCCACAAACACAUUUGGAUCAUCAACAUUGUCAUAUCCAGUGAGUAUUAUGGUGUUUCCACCUCAAAUCACUCAUGCUCCCCCUUCAAUGACAAGAGUUAGAAAGGGGUCUCCUGUGAUUCUAAACUGUAUAGCUGCUGGCAUACCCAAACCAGACAUUUCUUGGACUCUCCCUGGACGUACCACACUAGUACCCAAUAAUCGCUUCACGGGGCAGAAUGGAAUUUACAUGACAGAAGAGGGUAAUUUGGUCAUGCAGGACCCAGGCCUCAUGAACUCAGGGAUUUAUAAAUGUAAUGCCAAAAAUGCCUUGGGAACGGAUUUCAAAGCAACAUACCUUCAAGUGAUAUGAAUCAGAAGUCAUUUUGGUCAUGCACUCUAGCUUCACAUAAAAAACUGAAUGAAAUGUCUUUACUUUUCCCAAACAAGUUUUGGGCACCUACAGUAAAUAAUUUAAAAUCAUGUAAGCAAAGUUGUUAAAGGGCAUUAAUCUUUUUACUGUGUCACAGCCAUUGGUGCCAAAUGCCCAAGGCUAAGAUUUAUUUGGUAAUCUGUAUUUAAUUUAUGAAAUUAUUGGUUUGUACAUAUAUAAAUAUUCCACAGAAUAAUUUCUCAUUACGUUUUUAUAAAAUUGUACAAAAACAUUCUCAAGA